AUGUCAGCAGAAUCCAUUGUUCGAAAAGACGGGUCAUCCUCUUCCCGAAUUUAUGAGGCAACGCUCAAAUCUGUACCUGCGGCAGUGUCGACACUAUUAAAGGAAUACAGCAACAUUCAAGUCGGCGCUCAAAGAGCACACAUCAUAAGAAUCCGGGAUCAAGCUUACGAGAAAUAUCCAUAUCCCUGUCUGGGCCGGUGGCGUUUUCUCGACCUAGAUUUGAGUAGUCACCCACUUUACAAUACUGAAAUCCUUCCAGCACUCACCCCUAAGGAGCACAAGCAGGAAGACUCAGCAAGAGCAGAUGCCGACUGGCUAUUUCUCGACCUUGGCUGUUGUCUCGGACAGGACGUCCGCAAGUUGAUAUUUGACGGAGCCAAUCCUUCACGGUUGCGCGGAGCGGAUCUGAGGCCGGAAUUCAUUGAGAUUGGAUAUUCUUUGUUCGGCGACAAAGCUACAUUUCCACCAUCUCAUUUCAUUGCCCCAGCGGACGUUUUCGACUUCUCACCCUCAAGUUCACUCGCGCAGUUGGAUGGAAAAGUGGGCAUCUUGCACGCGUGCGCCGUGUUCCAUCUGUUCGACUUAGACGAGCAAAAGACAUUUGCACAGCGGGUGUUGAGACUUCUCAACCCUCAACGAAAGACGGUGCUGCUGGUCGGUGGCCAGGCUGCCAAUAUCAACGCUGGGGAGUGGGGUGAAGAUCGGCGGAGGUACAGACACAACGAAGACAGUUGGCGACGGUUCUGGGAAGAAGCCGUCUCGGAAAAGGAAUGGAUCGACAAGGUUCAAGGAGUUGAUGUCGAGAGUCUCUUGGAGGCAAGAACUUUUGGCACAGGUGGUAAGACGAGUGAUUCGAACACGACACAGAGGCAGAUAGGGGCGUUUGAUGAAGGGUUCAGAUGGAUGAAAUGGUCGGUCUGGAUUACUUUUAGGUGA